UGCGCCGGGACCGAGCGGAGCCGGAAAGAGCCGGAAAGAGCCGAAGAGGAGCCGAGAGGCGGCGAAGCGGGAGCCGGAAAGAGCCGAACGGCGGCGACGGAGCGGAGCCGAAAAGAGCCGAAGCGGAGCCGAAGCGGACCCGCCUGAGGGUCCGGCCAUGCCUUGAAGCGGCUCCUCGGACCCGUCCCGGGCUCUUCCUCCUCGUCCUCCUCAUCCUCGUCCUCCUCCUGCGGCGGGGGAGGGGCCCAUGGGCCGGGCAGGGGGCUGAGGGGGCCGGAGACGCUGAACUGGGCCCAAACUGGGCCGAACUGGGCCCAGCUAGGCCGGAGAAAUCAGAACCGGGCCGAAAAGAGGCGAAGUUGUCCGGAAAGAGCCGAAGCGGGCGAGGAAUAACCGAAGUAAGGACGGAGCUGUACGGAAAGAACCGAACCGGGCCGGAAAGAACCGAACUGGGUCGGAAGUAAGCGAAGCGGGCCGGAAGUAGACGAAGGGAGCCCGGGGAGGGUCGGAAAGAACCGAACCGAGCACGAAGCGGGGCGGAAAGAGCCGAAGGUGUCCGGAAAUUGCCGAAGUGCCGCCAUGUUGCUGUCGCUGCUCCUCGGGCUCCUCGAGGUGUCGGGGGCGCUGGGCGGGUGCGUGGAGGUGGCCUCGGGCACCGAGGCCGUGCUGGGGGCGCCGUUCCGGCUGCUCUGCAUCGCCUGCAAGCGCCGCAGCGAGACCCCGGCCGAGGCCGAGAGCGAGUGGUUCUUCCGGCCCGAGGGGGCCCCCCACUUCGAGAAGAUCCUGCACUACAGCCCCGAGGAGGGCGAGUGGGUGGCUCCUGGCCCGUUCCUGGGGGUGAUCGCCUGGAACGGCUCGCGGGGCACGCGGGACCUGCAGGACCUGUCGGUGUGGCUGAAGGCCGUGGAGCGCGGCCACGCCGGGCAGUACGUGUGCCGGCUGAAGCGGAACCUGACCUUCGAGGGCUACACCUACAGCCUGGCCAGGAACCAGACCCUGCGGCUGGCCGUGGUGGAGAAAGCGCGGCGGGACCUGGCGUCCAUCGUCUCCGAGAUCCUGAUGUACGUGCUGAUCGUGGUGCUCACGCUCUGGCUGGCCGCCGAGAUGCUCUACUGCUACCGCAAGGUGGCGGCCGCGGCCCCGCCCCCCGACAGCGCGUGAGUGGGCGGGGCCUCUGCCUGGGGGCGGGGCUUA